AUGAUUCCUCCAGUUGACUCUCUGCUCAAGUAUGACACUCCGGUGCUAGUGAGCCGGAACACAGAGAAGCGGAGCCCCAAGGCUCGCCCCCUGAAGGUCAGCCCCCAGCAGCCAUUGGCUACAGGGCCAGUCCCACAGCCACCCAAAACCAAGGCCACCCCUUCUACUUCUGCUGCCCCAGACCCCACCAAGCAGGCUGAAGAGAUCCUGAACUCCAUCUUGCCCCCCAGAGAAUGGGUGGAAGAUACUCAGCUAUGGAUCCAGCAGGUGUCCAGUACCCCCAGCACCAGGAUGGACGUGGUGCAUCUCCAGGAGCAGCUGGACUUGAAGCUGCAGCAGCGACAGGCUCGGGAGACUGGAAUCUGCCCCGUGCGCAGGGAGCUGUACUCACAGUGCUUUGAUGAGUUGAUCAGAGAAGUGACCAUAAAUUGCGCAGAGCGGGGCUUGCUACUGCUGCGUGUCCGGGAUGAGAUCCGCAUGACCAUCGCAGCCUAUCAGACCCUGUAUGAAAGCAGUGUGGCCUUUGGCAUGAGGAAGGCACUCCAAGCUGAGCAAGGGAAGUCUGACAUGGAGAGGAAAAUUGCAGAUUUGGAAGCAGAGAAGAAAGAUUUGGAGAGGCAAGUGAAUGAGCAGAAGGCUAAGUGUGAGGCCACUGAGAAGCGGGAGGUUGAGAGGAGGCAGGUUGAAGAGAAGAAACACAACGAAGAGAUUCAGUUCCUGAAGCGGACCAAUCAGCAGCUGAAGGCCCAACUGGAAGGCAUCAUUGCACCAAAGAAGUGAAGAUUCCCACGUGGGCCCCAGUGAGAACUAUCCCUAUAUAAACGGUCCCCUGUAAUAAAGCUACAGUUUAGUGAGUGAACCAGCCCACGCCCAUGGCCUCCAGAAAAAACAUCAGGCAAUAUUCACACCAUUGCCUAAAUGCCCUGAAAACAUCUCAAGAUUUGGUAGUAAUGCCAAAGGUUGGACGAUGGGAAUUCAUGUCUCCCAGGUAUCUUCCAUAUUUGGCUUGCCAGACAGUUUUGGAAUUAGCUAAAAGCCUACUUGGCAUUGCUCAAUGUAGACCCCUGAGCAAGAGUUGUCCAGCUCAGGGGCUGAAGUGGCCAUUGUCACACCUUAACUCCUACAGCCAAAGAAGCGGCUCCUCCCUUCAACUCUACUUUCCUGUACUUCUUAUCUCUUCAUCAGUGCUUCUCCCAAUGCUUGCUACCUGUUCCACUCCUGCAAAGGGUCACCUGUCUGGGGUCUAUUUUUCCCCACCCAACUGUGGUCCUCAGGACCUGUUUUCAUGCUUUGCUUCAAGUUAGCCCAACCCUUCUAAUCAAUCAGCCACUAUGGCCUCUGCUGUUUCAAGCUGCCAGCAGCUAUUUCUCUUCAGAAGUCAAUAAGAUUAUAACAUUCAUGGCUUUGUUUAGGUUUUUCCAAAAAGAAAUCCGAGUCACGGGCGUCUAUCACAAGGAGGCCACAUACAGACACCAAGGUGGUACAGCAACCUUUUUCACAAAAUAUCUGUGUUUUGGACUUGAUAGACUGCAGAAAGAGGACCUAUCCCCUAAAUAGCUAUGUCCAAUUAAUCAGAGCUGAUCAAAUCCCAGGAAACAACCUCUAUUUAGUACAACUGGUAAACCAAUCAGUGAGAACUGACCAUGGAUGGCUACUACUCUUGCUCAGGAGGGUAAACUUUCAAGUCAAAGUAAAAUAAAUCCAGAUCAGUUUUCCCAGGGUUUUGUUUUGUUUUUGUAGCACCAUACCUUUUAGUAAACAAAAAUUUAAGCUAAGAGGGGAAAAAGAACUAACUCAUUUCUAUUUGGGGCCAAAUGGGUUUAAGUCAGUGGAGGAAGCCAUUCAAACCAAUUCUCCCAGGUAGCACGGCAACGACUUUAACAUGGCAGGCUCUACAGGUACUUGCUCUUCAUGGAGACUGGCACUAAGGGCUGUUGGAGAAGGAACCUCACUAGUUAAGUGAGCCUCCCUGCUAGCAGGGGAGACCCAGAAUCCCACUCACUAUUCAGGCACGGAGAUUUGCUUGAGAAAGGGCCACGUCCUACAGGAACCAUUUGCUUUCAUUAAGGCAGGUACUACUUGUUCACCACACUCAGACUCAGAAAAGGUGUUGUGCCUCCCUAGUACUCUCAGACUCUGAUACAAAUACUUGCAUGGGCUCAGCACUCUACUCCCUGAAAACUGAAUUCCAAAUUCUGGACCCAGCACCCAGCACCUCGAGCUCCUGAAGGGAAGUUGCUGCUGCUGUAUCUAAGUUUAGGCUACAUAAAAUAUUUCUUAAAAGUAUUCUAUUUCGCAAGACUCUCUUUAAUCUAACAAAACAGUGAUUAGACAAUCCUUCUUCCUCUACAUCUGCCAGCUAAGUACCAUGAUAAAGCUACCUCUUGGAAGGUCUCAGAGGGUUAUUUGAAGUAUCCUUAAAAAUCUCAAAGGUUUUCAUCACUUAAAUAUGACUUUAGUCAAGAUAGCAGUGUUUCUUUCUGAGUUUUGUCAAGUACACAUGAGUGAUUUCUAAUGUCAGGUCAGAACCAGCAGCAGUGAGGUCUUGGAAAUGCAAACUGUGUAUGAAGAAAAUGAACACAACCAAUUGUAUAUUUUUGUAAAUUUUAAUAAACCAAUUAAAAAGUUACUGCUUCCGUUUGAACUGU